AUGUCUGUGUGGGAGUCCUUUAACCCAGAAAGUUAUGAAUUGGAUAAAGGCUUCCAGCUAACCAGAUUCACUGAACUGAAGGGCACAGGCUGCAAAGUGCCCCAAGAUGUCUUACAGAAAUUGCUGGAAUCCUUACAAGAGAACCAUUUCCAAGAAGAUGAGCAGUUUCUGGGAGCAGUUAUGCCAAGACUAGGCAUUGGAAUGGAUACUUGUGUCAUUCCUUUGAGGCAUGGUGGUCUUUCCUUGGUUCAGACCACAGAUUACAUUUACCCUAUUGUGGACGACUCUUACAUGAUGGGCAGGAUAGCAUGUGCCAAUGUCCUCAGUGACCUCUACACAAUGGGAGUCACAGAAUGUGAUAAUAUGUUGAUGCUCCUUGGAAUUAGCAAUAAAAUGACUGACAGGGAAAGGGAUAAAGUGAUGCCCCUAAUUAUACAGGGUUUUAAAGAUGCAGCAGAAGAAGGAGGGAUGUCUGUAACAGGUGGCCAUACAGUAUUAAACCCCUGGAUUGUUCUGGGAGGAGUUACUACAACUGUCUGCCAGCCUAAUGAAUUUAUCAUGCCAGAUAAUGCAGUGCCGGGAGAUGUGCUUGUCCUGACAAAACCCUUGGGUAUGCAAGUAGCUGUAGCUGUGCACCAGUGGUUGGAUAUUCCUGAAAAAUGGAAUAAAAUUAAACUAGUGGUUACCCAGGAGGACGUAGAGUUGGCAUACCAAGAAGCAAUUAUGAAUAUGGCAAGGCUCAACAGAACAGCUGCAGGACGUAUGCACACGUUCAACGCCCAUGCGGCCACGGACAUCACAGGCUUUGGAAUUUUGGGCCAUGCACAGAACCUGGCCAAGCAACAAAGGAACGAAGUGUCGUUUGUAAUUCACAACCUCCCUGUGCUGGCCAAGAUGGCAGCUGUGAGCAAGGCCUGUGGAAACAUGUUUGGCCUCAUGCAUGGGACCUGCCCGGAGACAUCAGGAGGCCUUCUAAUCUGUUUACCACGUGAGCAAGCCGCUUGGUUCUGUGCAGAGAUAAAGUCCCCCAAAUAUGGUGAAGGCCACCAAGCAUGGAUUAUUGGGAUUGUAGAGAAGGGCAACCGUACUGCCAGAAUCAUAGACAAGCCCCGGAUCAUUGAAGUCGCGCCACAAGUGGCCACUCAAAACGUGAACCCCACGCCUGGUGCCACCUCUUAA